AGUGAGAGAGAGCGGGCGGCAGUAGAGGCAUGGCUGGCCACAGGAAAACACUUCCACGUGAUGAGGGACCAUCCCAGCCACGACGCGCAGAUCCUGGGUGGCAUGUGGGGGGCUCGCUGGGACCUGGGCAGCGACCCCCGCCCUCACACCGCCCACGCCCUCGCCGCCCUCAGGGACACCAUGCUCAGGGAGGCGCGCGGCCAGACACAGCGCGGCCAAGAUCAGAAAAUAUUGGGGAAAUGGUUGUGGCCAGUGAUGGUGGGUCGGAUGGUGGCUCAUGACAGCUACAACUGCCUGCAGUUCCCAGGUACCACACCAUGGCCCACACAGCGGGUCCACGGCUACUUCGUGGGGUCCCCCAGCUUCCGGAAGAAGUAUGCCAACCAGACAGUGCCGAAGCCUUGUCCGGUGAGAUGCCGUCCCAAGCUGCACCGAGAUUGGCUCUAUUGUUGAGUGCAUCACCUCGUCACUGUCUGUCUACACCCACCCACCACCCCGCUCCAAUACCUAAACUCGGCAACCCUGCCCCAACACCUCCAUCACCAGCCCCACGCUGACACCCACCCCAUCUGCACCCCCUGCUCGAACACCCCGUGUCUGCAGCCCUGCUCCAAUACCCUCUGUCUGCACCUUUGCUCAGACAGUCGACGUCUAUAUACCCUAUGCUGGCACCCCAUCAAUACCCACCAUCAAUGGACAGCAUGCUUUCGUGGACAACGCCCACCCACUGUACGUACAGUCUGCUCUCACCAUCAACACCUGUGCCAGUUACACCCACCAUUGACAGCACCGUUAACACCCACCAACACUCACACGUCUGUGGGCGUUGAAGAGGGUCAAGGCAGAUAGAGCAUCAACACCCCCAAGAAUUUCACCUUACCAUCUGUACUCUGCACCAUCAUUCAGGAACACCUUAAAGAUCCCACCAAAUACAUCUAUCAUCAAUGUUAGGAUUAAGGUAUUUUGUAGGAUUAAGUACUACAUAGGUUAGGUGUAGCAUGUUUUGAGCAGAUGUACUUUUGUUUAUAAGCAUUGUAAAUAGUAAGUCAUGUAAUGUAUACCUGUAACGUCAUUGUUUGUUGUUGUUGGAAUAAAGCCAAGCGGAGAG